GGAGAACGCGCAGAGCCGCUGCCGCACACGGAGCGACGCUGACGGACUCGCUGUGACUGACUUUGGAUUUUUGUGGUUUGUGGAGCAGCGUGGGGACUGAAAACAGGGAGAAAGAGCCGGAAAACAGAUAUUUAAGUCGGUUUGGAACGGCGGAAUGGCGGACCGGGACCCGGUGCCGCUUCCUGCGGAGGUGCGGGCCAAACUGGCCGAGCUGGAGCUGGAGUUAUCCGAGGGUGACAUCACACAGAAGGGCUAUGAGAAGAAGCGAUCCAAGCUGAUUGGAGCCUACUUACCUCAAGCACCAGGAAUGGAUCCGUCCAUGGGCCAGGAGAGGAGAACGCCCGUCACCCCGUCGUCGUCCUCCCGCUACCACCGCCGGCGGUCUUCUGGCUCCAGAGACGAACGUUACCGAUCAGAUGUGCACACGGAGGCGGUGCAGGCAGCCCUGGCAAAGCACAAAGAAAGAAAGAUGGCGGUGCCGAUGCCUUCGAAGAGGCGGUCGCUUGUGGUCCAGAGCUCCAUGGACGCCUACACACCACCAGACACCUCCUCAGGUUCAGAGGGCGAAGGUCAGGGGGACGGCGAUGAAGAAGAGGGAGGUGAAGGUGAAGAAGAAGACGGAGGAGGCGGCGGAGGAACCUCGUCCAGCCAGGAAGGGAGCAUAAGCAUGGAGCACUGGAUCAGCAGGGCAAUCCACGGCACCUCCUCCACCACCACCACCACCUCGUCAACAGCCUCCUCGUCCUCGUCCUCCACACGCAGCGGUGGGAGCGGGGCAGCGGCCGGCAGGCUGGCUGACGUGCUGGCCCAGCAUGUUCACAUUUCCUCCUCGCACCACCACCGCCACCACCAUCACCACCACCACCACCACAGUAAAGGCCUUUUAAGCCACCUCUCCUUGAGAAGGAGGAGGGCGGUGCCAGCUGGUAUGAUAGAGAAUGGAAACUCUGGUCCACGACGCUCCGAGAACCACUCUGCCCCUCCAGAUGUCACCGGCUACACCAACAAUACCGCCAACACCACCGCGACCGACGCCAUCCAGGUGGAGAGAGCCCCAGGCGCUGGCACCGCAGCCCAAAGACAGACGCCCAAGUACGGCAACGCCGAGCUGAUGGAAACUGGAGACGGUGUUCCAGUCAGCAGCAGAGUUUCAGCCAAAAUACAGCAACUCGUCAACACUCUGAAGAGACCCAAACGGCCGCCAUUAAGAGAGUUUUUCGUCGAUGACUUUGAAGAGCUUUUGGAGGUCCAGCAGCCAGACCCUAACCAGCCCAAGGCUGAAGGGGCACAGAUGGUACCCAUGCGGGGUGAGCAGCUGGGCGUGGUGACCAACUGGCCCCCUUCUCUGGAGGCAGCCCUUCAGAGGUGGGGCACCAUCUCUCCGAAGGCCCCGUGUCUCACUACCAUGGAUACCAACGGCAAGCCGCUCUACGUCCUCACAUAUGGUAAACUGUGGUCCAGAAGUGUGAAGGUGGCGUACAAUCUGCUGCACAAACUGGGAACCAAACAAGAACCGCUCGUGAGACCUGGAGACCGGGUGGCGCUAGUUUUCCCUAACAAUGACCCCGCCUCCUUCAUGACAGCCUUCUAUGGCUGCUUGCUGGCUGAGGUGGUUCCUGUGCCAAUAGAAGUACCGCUGACCAGGAAGGACGCCGGCAGUCAGCAGAUCGGGUUUCUGUUGGGGAGCUGUGGAGUGACUGUAGCUCUGACCAGUGACGCCUGCCAUAAAGGGUUACCCAAGAGUCCCACUGGAGAGAUCCCACAGUUUAAAGGCUGGCCGAAGGUGAUGUGGUUCGUCACGGAGUCCAAACACCUCUCCAAACCACCCCGAGACUGGUUCCCACACAUCAAGGAAGCCAACCAGGACACUGCCUACAUCGAGUAUAAGACGUGUAAGGACGGCAGCGUCCUCGGAGUGACGGUGAUGAGGAUAGCGAUGCUCACGCACUGCCAGGCCAUCACACAGUCCUGCUCAUACACAGAAGCUGAGACCAUUGUGAAUGUACUAGACUUCAAGAAGGAUGUAGGACUGUGGCACGCCAUCCAGACAAGUGUGAUGAACAUGAUGCACGUCAUCAGUAUUCCCUACGCCCUCAUGAAGGUCAACCCGCUGUCCUGGAUCCAAAAAGUCUGCCAGUACAAAGCCAAGGUGGCCUGUGUGAAGUCGCGGGACAUGCACUGGGCUCUGGUGGCCCACCGGGAUCAGCGGGAUAUCAAUCUGAGCUCCCUGCGGAUGCUUGUGGUGGCCGAUGGUUCAAAUCCCUGGUCGAUCUCGUCUUGUGACGCCUUCCUCAACGUCUUCCAGACGAAAGGUUUGAAGCCGGAGGUCAUCUGCCCGUGUGCCAGCUCCCCCGAGGCGCUGACUGUGGCUAUACGCAGGCCGCUGGAGGAGGGCACCACCCCUCCUGGUCGCGGCAUCCUGUCCAUGCAGGGUCUGAGUCACGGCGUGAUCCGGGUCGACUCGGAGGAGAAACUGUCGGUGCUCACGCUGCAGGACGUCGGCUCCGUCAUGCCUGGAGGUCUGAUGUGUGUAGUGAAGCUCGAAGGUGUUCCCCAGCUCUGUAAAACAGACGAGAUCGGAGAGAUGUGCGUUUGUACUGUUGCCACGGGGACCUCCUAUUACGGCCUGGCCGGUAUGACCAAGAACACGUUCGAGGUCUUUCCCGUGUCCAACAACGGCACUCCCAUCAGCGAGUUUCCCUUCACCAGGACCGGCCUGCUGGGAUUCAUCGGACCUGCAGGUCUGAUCUUUGUUGCUGGGAAGAUGGACGGUCUGAUGGUGGUCGGUGGGCGUCGGCACAAUGCUGACGACAUUGUUGCUACGGCGCUGGCUGUGGAGCCCAUGAAGUUCGUAUACAGAGGACGGAUAGCAGUGUUUUCCAUCACGGUGCUCCAUGAUGAGAGGAUCGUGGUCGUGGCUGAGCAGCGGCCGGACUCGACUGAGGAGGACAGCUUUCAGUGGAUGAGUCGAGUUUUGCAGGCGAUAGACGGUAUCCACCAGGUGGGGGUGUACUGCCUGGCUCUGGUCCCCUCCAACACUCUGCCCAAGACUCCACUGGGUGGCAUCCACCUGUCCGAGACCAAGCAGCUCUUCCUGGAGGGGGCGCUGCACCCCUGCAACGUGCUCAUGUGUCCGCACACCUGCGUAACGAACCUGCCCAAACCCCGGCAGAAGCAGCCAGAGAUCGGUCCUGCGUCUGUGAUGGUCGGGAAUCUGGUGUCGGGAAAGAGGAUCGCCCAGGCCAGCGGCAGGGAUCUGGGUCAGAUCGAAGACAAUGACCAGGCAAGGAAGUUCCUCUUCCUGUCUGAGGUGUUACAAUGGAGAGCCCAGACCACUCCAGACCACGUCCUGUACACACUCCUCAACUCCAGGGGCACGAUAGCCAGCUCUCUGACUUGUGUUCAGCUGCACAAGAGAGCAGAGAAGAUCGCCGCCAUGCUGGCUGAACGGGGCCACCUGCAGGAUGGAGACCACGUUGCACUGGUCUACCCUCCAGGAAUCGACCUCAUCGUGGCGUUUUAUGGCUGCCUUUACGCCGGCUGUGUGCCAAUCACGGUGCGGCCGCCUCACCCGCAAAACAUCGCCACCACGCUGCCCACCGUCAAGAUGAUCGUGGAGGUGAGCCGGUCGGUGUGCGUGAUGACCACGCAGGUCAUCACUAAACUGCUGAGGUCCAAAGAAGCCUCAGGAGCCGUGGAUGUCCGGACCUGGCCUCCUGUCAUGGACACAGACGAUUUGCCAAAGAAGAAACCUCCUCUGCUGUAUAAACCGUCCAACCCCGACACCCUGGCCUACCUGGACUUCAGUGUCUCCACCACUGGCAUGCUCGCUGGAGUCAAAAUGUCUCACACAGCCACCAGUGCCUUCUGCCGCUCCAUCAAGCUGCAGUGUGAGCUUUACCCGUCCAGAGAGGUUGCCAUCUGCUUGGACCCGUACUGCGGCCUGGGCUUUGUCCUCUGGUGCCUUUGCAGUGUGUACUCAGGUCACCAGUCCAUCCUGAUCCCUCCGUCCGAGCUGGAAGUGAACCCGGCUCUCUGGCUGUCAGCCGUCAGUCAGUACAAAGUUCGCGACACCUUCUGCUCCUACAGCGUCAUGGAGCUCUGCACCAAAGGUCUCGGCCUGCAGACGGACUCGCUGAAGGCUCGAGGGCUGGACUUGUCUCGAGUGAGGACCUGCGUGGUUGUAGCAGAGGAGCGUCCCAGGAUAGCCCUGACGCAGUCCUUCUCCAAACUCUUCAAGGACCUGGGACUCCACCCCCGAGCUGUCAGCACCUCCUUCGGCUGCAGGGUCAACCUGGCAAUCUGCCUGCAGCCUCACAGGCUGGGAAAACUUGCCGACCAGGGCACCUCAGGACCUGACCCCACAACUGUUUAUGUUGAUAUGAGGGCGCUGCGACAUGACAGGGUCAGACUCGUAGAGAGGGGAUCGCCACACAGCCUGCCACUGAUGGAGUCCGGGAAGAUCCUGCCAGGGGUCAGAAUCAUCAUCGCCAACCCAGAGACCAAGGGACCAAUGGGAGAGUCACAUCUGGGAGAGAUCUGGGUGCAGAGUGGCCACAACGCCAGCGGUUACUUCACCGUCUACGGGGACGAGGCGCUGCAGUCCGACCAUUUCAACUCCAGGCUCAGCUUUGGAGACACGCAGACCGUCUGGGCUCGGACUGGAUACCUGGGUUUCCUGCGCAGGACGGAGCUCACCGACGCCAGCGGAGAGCGCCACGAUGCCCUGUACGUGGUCGGUGCUUUGGAGGAAGCCAUGGAACUCAGAGGGAUGCGUUACCACCCCAUCGACAUCGAGACCUCCGUCAUCAGGACGCACAAGAGCAUCACAGAGUGCGCGGUGUUCACGUGGACCAACCUGCUGGUGGUGGUGGUGGAGCUGGACGGCUCUGAGCAGGAGGCCCUGGACUUGGUCCCCCUCGUCACCAACGUGGUGCUGGAGGAACACUACCUGAUCGUGGGCGUGGUGGUGGUGGUGGACAUCGGCGUCAUCCCCAUCAACUCCAGAGGGGAGAAGCAGCGGAUGCACCUGCGGGACGGCUUCCUGGCCGACCAGCUGGACCCAAUCUAUGUGGCCUACAACAUGUAGCGCCCCCUGGUGGCUGAAGAAUUAUUGAGGAAGAUGCAAAGACAAUUCUGUUCCAGAGACUGAAGGAAGGAAAAGCAGAGCCGAGGCAGAGUUUCCAGCACGAGGGGGAGGAGGUGUUCGACUUUUUUGCCUGAAUUAUAGUGCUUACUCCCAGGCUGCGUAACCGCUGCAAACUAGCUCCCAGAAUCCAGCGCUGGCAUCUAGAUUGCAUUCAGGUCACUCAGUCUGAGAGGAAGUGUGGUCCCCGGGUCGUGCCGACUGUUUACCGAAAAGUGGAAAACUCGCAGCAGUAGAGGACAAUCGUUAGGAAAGAUCCCGGCUUUUAAAGUGCGUGUGGCUCACUCUCUAUUUUCAUGUUAUUUGCUUUCCUUCCGUUCGUUUUUUUAACAUAUCCUCGAAAAAGUUUAGGCUAUUUUUUUGAAAAGGAUAUUUACACACAAAGAGAAAAAAACUAAACGAUAUCGACCAUUACAAAGUGCGACAUAUGUUUUGAUAUGAGGGCGGGGUCUGAGGGGAGCGCGUCGCAGCCGUCCCCCAGUUUUACGAUGAGGUACGUUUCUUUCGUAUUUUUCCUUUUUUUUUGGGAAUCGUUAUUUCCUGAAGCCCCAUCUCAGCGGAAAGUCAGCGUGCUAAUUUUCAUAUACUAACAGCUGCAGCCUUCAACUCCGUUUAUUUUUCCGUACAAACUAACGGCUUCGACCGAAGCUAAACACAUAAAUUCAUAUCAUGUAAGUAUGUACAAACAGAAACUGAUUUAAUUUAUUUUGUUUCUCUGUUAGAAGUAUAUGACGAGACAUUCGAGAAUGUUUUGCUCUUGAAUAUUUGCUAAUAUUACGAAAAAGAAAAAGCAUUGUAUUAUCUUGAGUGAAACAAACUCACAUCAAGCCUAUUAUUGAAAAUAGAAAUAUAUGAUUAUAGAUUAUAUUAAAGAUGAGCGUAAGGAUUAAUCCCAGACAAAAGCAGAAGCAUGAGGGGCCGUGUGUCUGCACGUUUGUCUGAAAUGUGUCAGUCAAAUGGAAAAUUAUAAAAGCGAUGCUCUGAGGAGUUUUAUUCCAGCUUUCGUGUGAAGAGUUCUGAUCCUGUCCUGGGAAUAAACAGAAACGUUGUUUUUUUAUGCUCUUAAAUAUUAAAACAAAUCCCUAAAAGUUCCCAAAAGUUAUUUUUAUAGUCGACUCUUUUUCUAAUAACAGAGGAUGAAAGUAAAACUUUGCCAGAAAUGUAAAGAAUCAGAAGUUUAGGUGUUAUUGAAAUGUUGUUCGGUUUGAAUUUGCCUUUAUUUUAGAUUUCUAUCUAUUAUUGGGGCAACUUUUCCAGCUCAGUCACAGGGAUAAUUAUUUGCCUACAAGGUGAUGGAGAGCAUUUAGUGUCAGGGCUGUCACGAUGUUACAGUGAAGUUCAUCGCAGUAACGAUAUCAUCAUGAUCUCUGUAGCUAAUGUGAACAUUUUAGAUUAAUAGUAAAUAAUGGAAAAUUAAUCUACAACUUUAUUUUGUUGACUUUUUAAUCAUUUUAAAAGCCUAAAUGUCUCGUAUUGUCUCACAGUCAAAGUAAAGUUGUAAAUUUUAGAUCCUGACAAAUUUAUCACGUUUGCCGAUUUAUCAGUAGGAGCGUUUUAGAUCUACUUAUCCAUGAAAAUUAAAGAAGAGGCGGGAGAAAUGCCCUCCAUCCAUAUGGAUGAAUGGAGAAUAAUGAAAUUACACACAGCAAAUGUAAGGGAAAUCUGUUAAAUCCUCAAAUAUCAGUAUCGCUCUCAAGAAUUACAAAGAAAUGGUUUCCUUGAGAUAGAGACAUGAGAGUGGGAAAAUGGUUUGAUAGCAGGGAUUAAGAGGUGGGAAUUGAAAAGUAAAUUAUGAUGUGAUAGUGGCACAUUAAGUUGCUGUUAACAGUAACACAAUAAAGUGUGAGACAUACAGCAUCACGUUCCCCUCGUUUAUAAGCAUCAGCAGGAGAAUGAUUCAAAGUAUUUCACUAAAAAUAUCGAUAUUUGGCACUAGCAUCAGCCUGUUACAGCGUGUUGCUGUGUUUAUAUUUUAGCCCACUUCAGUUUGGAAGUACAGAUCUCGUGACUAAUGCAGUCCAAUAAUUCAUAACGAUCAAACAGCAUCUCCGGUGUCACGUCCUUUGAAAACGCAUCAUCUGAGUCAGGAGAUUCGAUGCCAUCUAGUGGCGACUAGAGGAAAUUACAACAGGCUUGUUUUUGGUGUGGUUGGCACCUUUGGAUCAGAGCUCUUCACGCGUCACGUUUCUCUGGGAACAAACAGGUUUACUGAUCUUUAAAAUGUUCAGAAGUAGGAACGUCUGUCGCUUUUCAAACUCUCACAGCUGGAAAGAAACGUUCCUCCAGACAGACCGUCAGCAGCGCUCGUUGGACUCAUUUUAUCACCUCCGGCUCGGAAAAGGCGAAUCGCCCCAAAGUGGCAGUUGUAAAUAUCAAAGUGGGAAGUCCUUCAUAUUUUUACACGGACUGAUCAAUCAGGGCUCAUACAGUGAUGUCACAACAGGAAGAAAGGGGUUUUUGCCAGAGACCCUUUAACUCGUUAGAGCUGUGGGGAGGUCACAGGUCGGAGCAGGAGGGCCUUCUUCAUCGUCUUUGGCUGAGAAUGUUCUAGUUUCAAUGCGAGGAUUUUUUUUUUUUAAAGUAAAAAAAGCACUUUCUUCAGAGUUUGUUUUUCUUUCUUUUAUCAGCAAAAUGUAUGUCCCUUGUUUUUUUUAAGGUUUAAAAAAAGUCUUAUUUGAGUUGACAUAAAAUCUUUCAGUUAAAUAAACAUUUCAACAAUU